AUGAAUAUCAAGAAUAUAAACAAUAUAAAUAAUAGACUAUCUGCCUACUUUAUGUAUCAUAUAUUUGUGAAAAUACGAAUGUCUCCGUCGCCUACUACAACGAAAGAAGUAUUUCAUUUAUAUCAGAAUUUUAAGAGGCUUGGUGGAUCUUUAGAAUACUUCGAAAUAAGUAGAGGUAAAAAUGGUCUCAAUACAUACAGUAAUGAAGCUUCCUUAAUAUAUAAUCCGUCUUUUCAGUUGUCACAAUUAGAUCCGUUUAAUGGUACGGACGAAAAUAUGAAAGAGACAACUGCUGAAUUAUUGGCCUUGCGGACUAGAUUAACAGAUACGAUACAUUCUAUCUGUGCUAUACCACGAUAUUCUUACAUAGAAAAUGAUGAACAAUACAUGAAAGGUGAAAUUGAAAUACCGUACAAAUUCAGGUUAAAUAGGGAUGGUUUGAAAUACGACAAGCGGUAUUCAAUAUCGUCAUCAACUGUAAAUAAUCAAUUUUGUUUCAUUUCACCAGCUCCUACGUUUGAAAAUGAUAAAAAUAUUAUGAAUGAUAGCAUUAUAACAAAUUUUAAAAGUCAUAUGAGACACAAUUUUCAAAAAUUCCAUAAGUUUGACAAUAUUACGAUAUCGCCAGCCAUACCUAAUAUAAAUCAUAUAAUAGGUAGACAAAAACUAGAUCCUCUCAUAAAACAAAGUGAUGGUAUUAAAUAUAGCUCUUUAAUGGAUCUUGACUCGGAUAUAAAUACUACAGGAUCAGAAACGGGAAUAAAUUUAAAGCUACAAAGACUAUCUCUUGGUUUCACAGGGUUCUAUGAUUAG